UUCGUAUAACUCAUAUCACACAUUCCACAUUACCCCUCGUAAGUACCUCUACCAUCGCAUCAACCACGGAACGUAGCAACACAUCCACAACAUGCCUUCGUCUUCUCAAGGCAACGCUCGUGGAUCAUCCAAGGGGCGCCCCGGACCCCCGGUUCCCGUUCCAGGACAGGCAUCCUCACGCCGCCGCACAGUAACGAAAGAUACUCCUACCUCAGACAGACAGGUGGAUACAAGCGAUCCGUUCCAGGAAGAGACAGAUACUGUGACGGAUGGGGCUACGCAAGGUUCUGCUACAGGAGAUAUGAAUGAGAACAUACAAGGUCCUACUGCGGGAGAUGUGGAUGUGAAUAAUGACAAUGCUUCAUCGGAUAGAGUCCAGCCCCCGACACCUGGAUCUCACGAACAUUCCAGCAUCAAAGACAAGUAUCCCCGGCUCUUCCUACCUCUCACAAGGGCGAAUGCAAAGGUCAUCGCAGGCGACAAGAAACAUAGUGUGACCUUUCAGUGGAAAGAUGGUGCCGGUAGAGGCCGAAAGUAUAGCGAUCAAGAGAUCCUAAACAUAAAGGCCAAUUGCGAUUACGAGUUACGGAAGCACUUCAUUGUCUUUGGCUGCGGUAUGGGCAUAGGUUGGAUUAUAGAGACAUUGUGUCCGGAACUAGACCUGUCUUCCAACCAGUUCCGGAAUCUGCGCAAGUACUGCCUCAACUUGUACGGUGGACUCAAACACGAUUUCUUGUUUGAGCGACUAUAUUCUCAUGUGAAUAGAUUGAUGAAGGAUUACCCCACGAUUAUGUUAGUGGAUACUAAGGAUCCGGCAAAGUUAGCUCAACUGAAGGAAUGGCUGAAGGGAAGAGUGGAUUCGAACACAAUUCGUUUUAUCUACGGAAACUCGACGUUUCGAAUCAUGAACGCUGAGAAGACAUUUUACAGCACACCUAACGUGCCGUUGUGGUACUUGACGAACAUAUUUGUUAGGUUUACCAUUGCCCUUAUCCCCCUAAUCCGCUCCGAGGCGGACAAGAACAGCGGCCGAACUUGGGAGAUGAUUCCCCACAGACCACGAGGUUGGAAAACUGACUCAAGUGCGAGGGACUCAAUAGGAGAGCUGUGGGAGUCUAUGUGCGUUGCCCAGAAGUUCCAUCGGAUCGAACUAGAUACAUUUACUUGGGUCAACCGAUCCCAGCUGGAAGAAAGUAGACGACCCGCGCCCCCUAAAGCAAAGACAUUACUGGACAUAGCCAACGAAGGCUUUUCCGACGACGAGCCUCCCUUCCCUGGAGAGUCAUCUUCAAAGCCAGCAGCGAUGCCGCAUCAGGAGAAGGCUGAUGCUGAGGCAUCCCCGACAAACGACACACCCAUGACAGAUCCGUCGGGCCCAGACAACUAUGACGCGUCCAUCGAUGACGAUUUAGUUGGCCUUCAUGACAAUGUUGACGAUGAUACGGACGGGCUUGAUGGAGGUGAUGCAGGAUCUCAGCAGGAGAAUAAUGACGCCGAGGGAUUGGAAGACCGUACUGUGGUGUUUGGUGGCAAAUCUGGCACCGGCACCGUCGAUGAAGACGGCGAGCAAGAUGAUAUGUCAGACGAAGAUCCCGAGCCUCCGCAAUCUGGUCGACGGACUAGGUCAGAAGGCAAUCCUACACCCAACAGUGGUAUCAAUCCAGCUCCUCAGAACGUGAAUACACGUGGAGGCGGCAAGGAUACCAGCAAACCGAAAGGAAAGGGAAAGGCGAAGACAGUUAUAAAACCCCAAACCCAGACGAAGCGUAAGACUGAUACUACUACGCAAAGAAGAAGCAAGAGACGAAGAGGAGGACAGGUUAGUCAAGAGGAGGGUGUACGAGUGAAUUAUUUUGAUGAUUUCAGUACUGACUUUGAAUAUGACAGUGAAAGUGAUACUGAGUCUACUGUGGAUGAGAGGGAUAGUCCCUCUCAGAUAUACCUCAAAAGGGCACAGUUAUACCGUGCGGGAUAUCACUAACGCACGUAUUGAUAGGUUUUCUCCGCGACUCACUUACAUUCCC